AUGCGACCACACAACCUCCACCAGCUCGGCGACGAGCCUCUUUACUGCGAGGCUCAGCACGACGAUGGCACCGUACUUUCAGGUUCCGACGACGACUAUUAUGAGGCUUCUGAGCAUCGCCGUAUACGCAUCGAGGCCAAGGCUCUCCAGUUUCUGAACGGCGAGGUCCCGUACUUGCUAUCUGCCAGACUACGAGGCCCCUUCGACGCCAAGUCAUGGCAGAACCCGUGGAAAUCUUCUCGCGCCCAGCGUCAGGCUGCUCCCCGUCGAGCAAGUCGAAAUGGCCGCUCACAGACAAGAGUAGAGGCAGCGAGAACUCGCGGCUCAGGCCAGCUCAGCAGCGAUGACCUACCCGACACACAGGGAACGAGUCUGUACCCGCUGCCUAGUCCAGAGGCCACCAACCCGCCGUCAGCGAGGAAGAGCUCAUUCAUAGAUGAGGAUGAUUACAGUCGCAUCAAGAGUUGGAGGGAGUCUGUCAAGAGCGUACCCCUCCCCAGCGAUCCGUUCUGGGCACCUAGCAGCCGUGAAAGAGGGCACGGGCCUUCUAAGACGAGGAAGCGGAUGGCGGACAAGGACUUGCUCCAGAAGCGAUCUUAUAAGAGGUGCAGGCCUGAACUCCCGACAAGGUCGCCUGAGGAGUCACCCAGUCAAACAACAGCAAGGGCGAGGAGAAUAUUGACCAACCAAAACUCCGGGUUAACGACACAAUCUGCGCCAGGCCCAUUGACAUGUGAGAACGAGCUUGACGAGCUUGCCGCCCCUAGGGUUACCCAGGUGUCCAGCUUUGACGCUCCUCGACUAGCAUAUGGAACCACUGGAACUCCGGUCUUUUCACGGCCAGCGCGAGGUUCUCCAUCCUCGAGGUGGCGACUCCACUGUCUUGAUCCUGACAUGUCCGAGGACGAAUUGUCCAUGCCAUCUACUACGCCAUCUCGAAAGACUUCACAGCACUCUGCUGAGAGGGGCCGGGGGUCAACUUGCCGAUCCCCAAGCAGCAAGCAGAAACCGUUCGGUCGGGUCCUGUCCAGCUCCAUCCACAAGGAUAUCACUGGAGGCAAGACACGAGCAGAGCAUGUCCAGAACUCACAACCUUCAUCACCAGGUCAACGACUAGGCCUGCAGCGGGCAAGGAGGCUUGCGAAGGACGCAGCAAGGAAGCUCACGGUCUCGAGCCAGCAAGAUGAUAGCUUCCACUUUCACCAUGCGAGGCCAACAAGUCCGGUGCAGCAAUCGGACAAACAGCACCCACGAGUGAGCGAGACGGGCGCGGCCGGCCUGAAUCAACGACCACUGCGUGUUCAAACUACUGUAGCACAGACGAAGUGUCCGCCGAGUACAGAUCGUCGAAACGAUCACGCCAAGGAAGACCUCGACUCUGUUCCAUCCCAUCUGGACAACCAGCCGCUCCUCGACACGUGUAGUCAACAAGCCACAACAUCCGAGACGGUGGAGAAUUCCAAAAUGGUUGACCAAGCUGGAGCAGUGGCUGUCGCCGACAUGUCCAUCGAAAAAGAAGCAGCAGCAGAAAGGAUGCCACCAGUCCUUGGUGAAAAAGACCCAGUAGUGCAAGAUCGAGAGAACGAGGACUCUGAGGCUAUGCGACAGGAAGCUGUGGGAACCGAUGAGAGUUGCAUUAAGUCUAAAGUCGAAGAACCGGCCUUUGUGUGCACUCAGGAGCUUUCCCCGAUAUCGAUUUGUGGGAAGAAUGCCCAUGCUAGUAGCGUCUGGCCCAACGCUCCUGUCGAAGGCACUGCUCCUCAUUCCAACCCGCGCAGGAUCUCCGAUGGCUCGGAUUCGGAGUGGUCGACCUCUGACAAUCCCCAGAACUUAUCUGCUAAAUCCAUAAGGACGCUGUCCACAAGCAGUGAUGCCGACGAGGCGUCCAAUAGAGAGUGGUCAACCUACAUCAACACGCAAGACCUGUCCGCUCUCCCCGAACAGCCGCUCUCAAACCGCUCAACUAAUGAUAAGGUCGUUGUGGUCUUGCAAGGCCCGGACGAUACGAAGGAUCCUGAUUGGACUACAUUCAUCAACACACAGGAUUUGACAAUCACAUCUGCCGCGGGGCGCGAGAAUAUGAGUCAGGAGCAGGCACAAGAAGUCGAGUCUAUUUCGGAGUGGUCAACAUAUAUGAGCGCUUCCUUACAGACCAAUGCCGACGAGAUGGGAGAUGUUACUGUGGGCCCUGUGUUGGAAAAUCCUGCUACCAUGCUGGACACAAAGCCUUCAGAAGCUAAUGUGGGAGACACUAUCGUCGUGUGUACGGACCAAGAGCCUCCUGUCGAAGAAAUCGUUGAAGAGCAAGCACGUCACGACCUGGUCGAAGGUCGAAUCACUGACACGAUGGCCAUAUCAUGCGAUGAGGAAACAGCACAGCCAGUUGCAGAAAGCCGAGAGCAACAAAACGUUGUGUUGGCCGAGCACUUGACAGACGAUCCACCAAGUUCUCCCGCCUCCGUUCCUCAAAUCGAGUAUCCCAGUCAAGCCACGUCACAGCCACAAGGAGCAGGUGACAGCUCGCUGAUGAACCUGGAUGGUACGACAGCCAGUCUUGACCCGAUGAAGGGCCAAAGUCCCUGGUCAAAAGAGACGAGCAACAUCUUGAAGGUUGCAAUGUACCCAGAGAAUGGUGUGGGCGCAGCGCUUCCUCGCGUUGUCGAUAUGACCUCGGCCAGCAUCGAGCCGCAACAGCUUCAAAGUCCAUGGCAAAUGGAUGGGAAUCUUAUCCUAGGGACUACGACUGCUCCUCCGGAUAAUCUGGCCACCUUUGACGGAAAUGCGCUCGAUAUGGAGUCUCGAAAACCCCCGAAUUUCUGGGCUCAGGCCAAGGAAGACAUGCCCAUGCCAGACACGCUGGACAAUGAGUCGACCCUUAACGAGGUCAAAACGCGGACGUCAGCAAAAGCAAGCAUCCUCCGGGGCCCGGCUUCCUGCUCUCGCUUGCUUUUCGAAGCACCAACAGCGCCAAAGGCAAAACGCCGCGUAACAUUUGCUCCAUUGCCUGGCGAGAGCAGCCCCAAGGAGGUUACUUCGAAAGAGGACAGCGAGAUUUGCGUGGAAGAUGUCUCCUACUUUGAUGCAAGGGGCAAGAAGACAGCUUCUAUUCGCGUGACCAAACCGACAAGUAGAGCUGCCUCUCCGCCCCCGUCCAACCUCAACAUCACUGAGGCCGAUGACUUUCCAGAUCAUGACCACAAGUUCUCCAAGCACUUUGCAGUCAUGUCGAAACGGAAGAAGCAGCCUCCACGGAGAUCACUGAGACUUCUGCCUUCUGAUUCUCAACAGACAAGCGACAGUCAAGAGGCAGCUGCCAUGGCGGAGGCCUUUAUCGAGGCUUCGCAGACAAGAAAGGAUGUUCCGGAGUUGGCAGAGGUUCCCGACCGCAACAUUGUCCAGCAGAUUGGUUCACCAGCGGAUAAGAACCGCUGCUACCCCAUGGGUCAAAGUCUGUGCGAGAGGCUGGAGAAUAUCGAGCCUACAGACGACGUGAGCGCUGUUCUCGACAACAUUGAUGAUUUUCUGGACAAUACCUGGGGCGUCAAUACGAGCAUGGACAUUGACACAGAUCAGAAGGACCAGGUUCCGUCACAUUCUCAGACUGCCAAAGGCCGGGUUGAUAAUAUUGGAGACCCUAUGUUAGCCAUGAACAUCAACGUUUGGGCGGAUUCAAAUUGA